GGGGAAAAGAUUUCCUUGCUCUGGGAGAGUGUCUGGAUGGUGCGAUAAGAACCUCGCUGUGUCUUGUCUCAAUGUGGUGAAGCUUUGAAACAGGAACGAGCAUAAAGGUUCAGAGGAGAUGUACCCACGUGGAUCAGACAGAGGCUGGCAUCGGGGGCAGCACCAGUGGGAUGGGGAGCCUAGCAGUUGCAACAGCAGAAAAACUCUUCUAGCCACCCCAGUGUCUCCAGCCGAUUCCAGUGCUCAGCCUGUUCCAGUGCUUCGAGGUCAUCACCCGAGAUCUUUCAGAGGAGGAGGCUACAAUGCACACAGGGAGCAUGGCGGUUAUAAUUCUGCAGGCUACCACGACUACCACGAUAAUCCUCGACACGACUACCACGAUAAUCCUCGACACGACUACCACGAUAAUCCUCGACACGACUACCACGAUAAUCCUCGACAUGACAACUGUCAUGACUAUCCUGAUGAUUCUUAUCACAUGCAAGAUUAUGAUGAUCGGCAGUUUCAGGAUUACAAAGACCCCCGAUACCAUGACGAAAGAAACUAUCAUGAAUACAGGGAACCUGGAUAUCACAGAGGACGUGCUAAGGGGAACCACUACCGUGGUGGAUACAAGUCUCAUGAACGAGGGAACUCUGCCCACAACAAACAUUCAGGGCCACAUCCUAAGAAACUUAAAUCUCCAAAAAUUGACAAGACCCCCAAGAAAGGGGAUGGUCCUGCAGGGCGCUCAAAGCCUAGCUCAGUUAGUCCUGUCCCCAUAGUGGUGCACAAUCCUGGCCGCAGCGUUGUCGUAUUAACAUCAGGAGACAGUUCUACGGACGAAAGUAAAGAGAAGACUCCUAGCCCAAUAGUUGCAAGAACAAAUAACAAAGGAAAUGUGAAACCAAUCCCAGCCAUCAAAGCAGAGACUUCAGCAAGCAAUAGUAAAUCAAACUGCGAACAGGCUGGCACAGACAGUGUGACCAUAAAACCUGUGAGUGAGGUCAAAACGGAGACCAUCAAAGUCUUUGCAGUACCUAAAGAGGAAAUUCCUGUUUUGACUCCCAAGGAGGAGGAAAUAUCCUUGGAUAUCAGUGCUGGGAAGAGACCACAUCCUGAACAGCAAGAGGCCAGUCUGGAUGAAGAAAAAAGAGAGCAUGUGGCCAUUGAUACAAAAAGAAUGAGGAACGACAAAUCUCCAGAACGCUGUAAUAAAGACGAUGAAGUUCAGAUUCCAUUGCUGGAUGGUUGGAUAGAUGUUCCCCCGCAUUCAUCGGGGCCCUCUUGUGCCACUGAAGAGUUAGCCAAGAAACCUGAACUGGAACAGUGUGUUUCGGAUACAGCCCAAAUGCUACGCAGAGCCUUUAUCUUAGCCAGAAAAGAAGAGAUUGAACUGGCCUAUGCUCAGGACUGCCGGACCUUUGCUUUGGUGGCCAACAUGUUACUGAAAAAGGACCCAUCAAUUGAGACCGCUGUAGCCAGUGCUCUUCGAUCCACACUGCAAGAAAUUGCUGGCCGUUGUGUUCAUGAACUCAAUGGCUUUAUUGAGCGUUAUGAUGUGGAGAGUAGAGUCCUCUUUGAGUCUGCAGCUAGUAGAGGGAAAACUAACUAACGGCCAGAGAUGUUUAAAUGAUUAAAAAAAAUAAUAA